CCUGAAGAGUUGAAAAAAUCUUUAUUGUGUAUUAUUCCUCAUAUGUAUGGAGACCAUCUGGCAUGCCCUUCAUGGUGUAAAUAUAAGCGGAAUCCUGCAAAUUACAUUCCACGGAAUCUUCCAUACAGCAGGUAUCUAACAUGCCUAGAGUUGAAAAAGGAUUUGGAAGCAAUUAUUCAGACAUAUGCUCAACAAGCUGAAAAACUAUCUGAUCUGGGAUCCACACAAGCGUGCGAAAGUUUUAAUCACAUUGUUGCCUCAAAACAUCCAAAGAACCUCUUCCUGUCAGGAUCAGAAAGUACAAGUUUCAGAAUUGCUGCAGCUGUUGCACAGAAAAACAUUGGAAAGUCUUAUAUACAAGAAGUCAAUGACCAAUUGAAUAUGUUACCUAGAGCCUAUACUGAAAUGGCGGUUGAAAAGAUGGACAGAAAGAGAAAGUUACAGAAGAUUAGACAGAGUAGUGCAGAGUACAAGAAAAGGAGAUGUGAAAUUAGGAAAUCCUCAAGUCAAGAUCAGGGUAGUAAAGAAGUGCGUGAAGGAAAAACGUAUGAAGCAUCAGUUGGACUAGAGGAAAUGGAUGAGGAUCAGGAUAUCAAUUCCAUUCCAAGUGCCUCUGUUGAACCAGAGAGAAUACCAGUAACAAAUACCGAUUGCACACUUGUUUACUUUGACCUAGAAACAACAGGUUUAGGUUCAUCAUCAGAAAUAUUGGAAAUAGGAGCUGCAAGAGGACAUGACAUCUUUCAGAAGUACAUAAAACCCAAUGGUACAAUAUCUGCAAAAGCAACUUGUGUGACUGAUCUACAUAUGAAAAACAAUGAACUAUACUACAGAGAUCAAGAACUUAUAACAACAGACUUAAAAUCAGCACUCCAAAAGUUUUCAGAGUGGCUAUCGGACACAAAUUCUAAUAUUCUUGUAAGCCACAAUGGAUUCCGGUUUGACUUUCCAUUAUUUAUGCAAAGCAUUACAUCACAAAAUAUUGUUAUGAAUACAUGUAUUGCUGGUUUUAUAGACACUUUGGAGGUUUUUAAAAAUUCUAAUGUAAAGACACAAACUGGCAGCUUUUCUCAGGAGUCUCUUUUGAGAGAAGCAGGUAUCCAGUCGACAGGAGUUUCUCAUUGUGCCCUAACGGAUGCUAUGGACCUACAAAAUUUAGUGAUUUUUCAUAACAUUCCUUUCAACACUCUGUUGAGGCAAAGUGCAGUUUACAAUUAUGUUUUACAGCAUCAAACAUUUUCUCUAGUAAAGAAUGACAAUUUGAAAUCUCUUGAAGUCUUAGUUCAGGGAAAAGUUAUUACAGAAUUCAUGGCAAAUAAAAUUGCAAAAUCAGGUUUAAAUAUGAAAUAUAUUAAGUUAGCACACUCAAGAAAUGGUGAAGAUGGAGUAAAAAACUUGUUUCAAGAAAUUGUAAAUGGAAAAGCAAGAGUUACAAAAUGUAAGAAAAUAAUCAAUUUAGUGUCCAAUUAUUUAUCUAGUCAGUUGUAA